AGGGCAAGGAGUAGAAGGCGAGCUUGAGUAUCCAGUUACCAGUGCGUUGACAGAGUUAGAAGCGGUGGUUGGUUCCAGCAAGUGAGUGCAGAAGUACGGUCGAGCAGCAGCAGUGUUGAUCGGCUUGAGUUGAGUGCAGCAGCGAGCAGGAUCAACGACAAAGUUUCCUCUUCAAAAGCAUCAUCCAUCAUCCCCGGUCUUCGAGUCUUUGAUCUAACAUCUUCGGCGACAUCCGUCCGAGACGUAGAGCAAUCCACUGACAAGAACCUCGAACCUACACAAGAACCGUUAGUGUAGAGCCACAUCGCUCUGCAUUGGAUUGGGUAAUUGGGUCAUAAACAGAACCCGAAUACCAAGUAUAAUAUUGGCGUCUCGGCGCUUGUUGGUGCGGUUGCUUUUUGCGUCUUUGAGUUUUACAGCAGUAUUUAAGCAUGGCCAUGCAUACUCGCAGCAAGACGAUUGGUUCGCUUCGUGGUACUCGUAGCGCGCCUGCCUCGCGUUCGGGGUCGCCCUCCCCCGCUCGCGUGCCCUUUGCCCGCCUCUCUUCCACCUCGCUUGUCGUUCCCUCUGGCGGCGAGCUUUCUGGCGCCUCGGCUGCUGGUCUUCCUUCCGGAUCUUCCGCCGGCGAUCUUCAGGACCCUACCGCCGUCCAAUUCGGCGCAGCCGCCGCUGCGCUGGGGGUCACGGCUCACCCGGGGGCUGUGCGUGGCGUCCUCAGCGACGGCGACGAUGAACACGACGGCGACAGCGUCGCCUCCGUCGACGCGGACCUCUUCCGGACCGAGGAGGAGUUUCGCCAGCUCCGCGAAGACGCGUCCCUCGCGGCCGCGGUUGAGGGCAGCCUCCACCUCUCCGACGCCCCCCCACCGCCGGGGUCGCCGGCUGCCGUGGCCAACGCUCACGCCGACGCGUUGUGCGCCGACGAGGGCUUUGCCGUGGUGUCGCAGGACGCCAGGGCGGCCGAUGUGGCGGCGCACCGCCGCCGUGCGGCUGCGGUAGCCGCCUUGGCCUUGCAGCGUGAUAUAGCGCAGCAAGCCGCCGCCGCCGCUGCUACUGCCGUCAGCCGCCUGCAGCUCCUGGAACGCCGCGCUUCCGACGCGAGCGAGGAGUUGGAGCUGGUCCGCGCUUCCGGGGCGCUUCGCAUGGAGAUGGCGCGGGCCGACGUUCGGAGGAGCACGGGCGCUCUUCGCAUCGCCGAGCGCUCGCUGUCGCCUACGCCCGCCAACUCUUCCGAGCUUCCCCACCACGCGCCUUCGUAUUCCGAAAUUGUACGUGGAUCGUCUUCAAGCUCUUCAGAACGCGAGAGCGGGAGCCCCGGGCGCCCCGGGCGGCAGGGUGGCUGCGCCACCUCCUUCAUGCCGCCGGCCUCGGCCUCCUCCCCGCCCAUCCCCGUGGCGCUGCCAGCGCGGGCCCGGGCCGGGGGCGAGGGCGCUGCACCCCGUUCUUCGCCUUCUGCAUCGGCUGACGUGGCGUCGGGGAUUUCGCGCGCUUCUCGGGCGGGUCACUCUUCGGCUGCAUGGACCAAUGAUCUCCCGCCCCCCGCUUCUCCGAGGGCGGGCUACCGCCGUAUGGGCACCGCCGCAUCGGUGGCCGCUGCCGGCGCCGGCGCCGCCCCGUCUGCGGCGACGCCCGCAGCCGCUGCCCCUGCUGCGGCGGCGGCGCGGCGGCGACCAGGCUUCGUCACCACGCACCACGCUUCACCAGCUUCAGCAGCGCCGGCUCCAGAGGCGGCGGGGAAACGGCCNCGCUGCACCCCGGCGGGCUACCGCCGUAUGGGCACCGCCGCAUCGGUGGCCGCUGCCGGCGCCGGCGCCGCCCCGUCUGCGGCGACGCCCGCAGCCGCUGCCCCUGCUGCGGCGGCGGCGCGGCGGCGACCAGGCUUCGUCACCACGCACCACGCUUCACCAGCUUCAGCAGCGCCGGCUCCAGAGGCGGCGGGGAAACGGCCGGGAGGAGCUCUCCGGUGCCCGACGAGCUUCGACUUCUUCACGGAAUCCGUGCCUUCUCUUCGUGGCUCGGCGUCGCGGCCGUCGUCGGAGACCGAGCCAAGGGCGGCGCCGCUGCGUGCACACCAGUCACGCAAGGACCCUCGGGAGCCGGCGACGUCACGGGAUCAAUACGUGCGCCGACACACUUCGGUGCCCGCGCUCGACUUCGCCGCAGAAGAGGCGCGGCUUCACCGCGGUGGAACGGUCGCCUCGGGUCGGUCGCAGCAACCCCGCGGGCGGCACUGGUCCGACAAUCUCCAUGUUCCGCGUGACACACUCUCCGGUGAGAUCGGCAGGACGACGCUGCUGGACGAGCAGCUGAGUAUUCGGCUUCACGACGCGGAACGAGCCUAUGCCGGGUCGGGAUGGAGGGACCCAGAGUUGGGGGACGCCUACGCGCAGACCCGCUCGGGCUUCAGCGACAAGCGCCGCCGUUUGUGGGAGCUCGAAGACGCCUGCGAUCGGCGUGAAGGCCGAGCGCACGCGUGGGCGGCGGCCGACCGCCGGGAGCCGCCGUCGCUGGGCCGCGACGGUCAGCGUGAGCGCCACCGCCGGACUAACAAACGCUCGGGCGGCAGCACAACCGCUCCUGCCGCGAGAGUUCUUCCUCUUCUUCGUGGUCGUCGGACGGCUCGGGAGACGACCGGGAUGAAUAGGGGGCGCCGCGGCGCCGGUCGGCGCCGGCGGAACGAGAGGCCGCCCAUCACGUGCGGGCCUCAAGUUGUCGCCGGCAGGGCGCCGCGAGAGGCGGAGGGAAGCAGAGCACGGAGUCGGGGGGGGGGAGGAGACCGCGGGAGUCGGCGUUCGGGGGAGAUAGAGAGGGAGCGUCGACACAGCCGAGCGUUGUCUUCGAGAGGCUCGGAGGCUGGUGGAUCUUCCCGGGCUUCGAGACUAACCCGUUUGCCGUGCUCUUUGUCCCCCAGCUCACGAUCCCCUUCCCCACCCCCGCACAAUCCGAAGGUAGCCUCUAAGCUCAUGGCACUAAAUGUGCACGGCAUGUUUCAGCAGCAAGGCCGACAAGCUUGCGGCGAUUUCCACGCCACCGCGUGGGCUCCAGAGUGGACGUCGCUCGCUCAACAAUUUCUAGUGAGUUGUGUAGCGGCAGAAAGUGGGGAAGGGCCGCUCAACGACCCACAAGGGUUUGCCGAGCUUGUCAGCCAACUCACGAAGCGGUUCACGAGCUUCCAGGUCAAUUCCAGCCCGAUCAUGUUGGCACAAUUCUCCGUUCCGAAUCACACACCCCUGCAAGAUUGGAUCGUCCAACUAAAAGAACUUGUCGGAGGGUUGUCUUGUUUCGGGGACUCGUGCCCGACAGACGCACAAAUCGUCUCAGCCGCCAUUGAAGGUCUGGCCGUGCAGUACCCAGAGAUAUCCCUUUUCGUGAAACCCAAACUUAAGAAAGCGAUGACUCUAGCGGACAUUUGGAAGUGCUUUCGGGAUGACGAGAUAGACGAAAGUAACGCCGUAGCCAACGCAUCCCCUGCUNGUCUGGCCGUGCAGUACCCAGAGAUAUCCCUUUUCGUGAAACCCAAACUUAAGAAAGCGAUGACUCUAGCGGACAUUUGGAAGUGCUUUCGGGAUGACGAGAUAGACGAAAGUAACGCCGUAGCCAACGCAUCCCCUGCUUUAGGAACGGUGUCCGCCAGAUCAACACAUUCUCACCAACCAAGGGUUCACGCGGUAGUGCGGGGUCGCUCGUUUGAAACAUUGGCCCGUGGGCGCGACUAUGAACUAGGCAGUGACGAGGAAGGAUACCAACGCACAUCUCGACACCUGUACCCAGUGCUCGGUAAGGGAUCAGACAAAAACGCAUCUACGUCAAACAACCCUUCGUUCCGCUUCUGGAAAUACUCCGCUNGCUCGUUUGAAACAUUGGCCCCUGGGCGCGAGUAUGAAUUAAGCAGUGACGAGGAAGGAUACCAACGCACAUCUCGACACCUAUACCCCGUGCUCGGUAAAGGAUCAGACAAAAACACAUCUACGUCGAACAACUCUUCGUUCCGCUUCUGGAAAUAUUCCGCCGAUUCGGUAGAGGGGGUGAAGGCUAAAAGCCAGCUGCCGCGUGACGCCUGCUACAACUGCGGUCGCACCGAUCACUUCCUGCGUGAUUGCCCUGAGUCCUUUAAGUAUGAGUGUGGUAUGGUUUGCGAAUCAUUCGGGGAGGGUAGCCCCGUUUUGGUUGAAGAAAGAUGGCAAGCCAAGCUCCGUAGCCUAAAAUUAGUAUAG